UCAGGGGUCACUCCUGGCUCUGCACUCAGGAAUCACUCCUGGCGGUGCUCGGGGGACCCUAUGGGAGGGAUGCUGGGAUUCGAACCCGGCCCGGCUGCGUGCAAGGCAAACACUCUCCCUGCUGCGGGUUUUGUGCGGGUUUGUUUACACACACACACACACACACACACACACACCUCACUGCAGGUAGGUGUGUUUGUGUGUGUGUACGUGUCUAACACCCCACUCAAUGUGGACCUGUUGGUCCCGGGUGGCCUCGGCCUGGGCCACAUGUCUGGGCACUGCCCUUGGCAGGGCCAUCAGCUCGGGGGUGCGCCCCUGCCCCUGGGGGAUUUUGACCUCCGAAGCAGCCCCGGGGCUCCCAAUCCAGCCCAGGCCCCCAGGGCCGGACGCUCAGUGCCCACUUCACAGGCCCUGAGGCCCUGCCAAACCCACCCCCUGACCUUAAGUGUCCCCUGGGGCACCCCCCCACUGCCACGCGCCCCGGCCGUGGCUGCCCCGAGGCAGUGGGGCGAAGGUGGCCCCUUAUCUGAUGGCCCUGGGGACCAAGGUUGGUGCGGGGCUGAGUCACGCCUCUCGGGCCGUCUCCCCGCCCGCACCUGAGUCGCUGGUGGCCGGGUCCACCCCGGGGCCCCGCGCUUUGCGGGGUGCAGGGAUGAGGAGGCUGCUGCGCCCCGGAGUCGGCCUGAAGGGCGCCAGCCCCGUUUCCGGCCGCGUCCCUGGCCCGCGCCCACCCGGCGGCCCUCGCGGGAGCAGGGUCCGGGGCCUUCCCAGCCGGGGCCCUGGGCCCGGUGGACCCUGCGGCGGGCGGGCCCGGGCGGGGCGCCUCAAGGUUCAGGUUAGUUAAUUGUUACCCCGGGUCCAGAGUCUGCGGGUGCCAGCUGGGGGCCCCGCCCCGCGCCCCUUAUCUGCCGCCCCCGCGCCUCCCUGCCCACUCGGCCGUCCUACCCCGCGGACUCGCGACCAUGCAGGGCCUGAAGCCACUGCUCCUGCUCGUCGUCCUGCUCCUGACCCCUGCCGAGGCCUCUCAGGUCGUGCGGAUGAAGCCGUGGCUGGUGGGCCUGACCGCCGUGGUGGGCUUCCUCUUCAUCGUCUUCAUCCUCAUGCUCAUCAACCGUCUGUGGUGCUCCAAAGAGAGGCCCGAGGCCGAGGAGGAGUCCAUGUUUGAGGAGUCCGUGAUGGGGAUGCGGAGCGUGGCGCAGGAGCAGAGAUCCAGGGAAGAGACAGAACAGAAGGAGGAGGAAGAGAAGAAAGAGAAGGCAAAGAAGGAAGGAUACACCAACCAGGCGAUGGAGGAGAUCGAGGAGUCCAAAACAGCAGAGUUCUGAGCUUAGCCUGACACCAUCUCCAGGGAGCCCUCCCAGACUACUCUUCCUCUUCGGAGCAAGUUCCUGCCUCUACCGCCAUGUCAACGGUUCCGCAGGGGUUGCAGAGUUGAGCGAGCCCCAAAGGAGAGGCUUGGGGACUGCCCUGUCUGUGUCCCUGAAGACAGGGAGGA